AUACAGAAAUCUACCAUAAACUCAGCCUUUAACCAAUAAUGGAGCUGGCUCAUAGUUUGUUACUGAAUGAGGAGGCAUUAGCUCAAAUCACAGAAGCAAAGAGACCAGUCUUUAUCUUUGAGUGGUUAAGAUUUUUGGACAAAGUGCUCGUAGCAGCUAACAAGACAGAUGUCAAGGAAAAACAAAAGAAACUUGUCGAGCAGCUAACAGGCCUCAUCAGCAGUUCCCCUGGGCCGCCUACUCGGAAUCUACUUGCGAAGAAUCUCGCUGCUCUCUACAGCAUUGGAGACACGUUUACUGUUUUCCAGACGCUCGACAAAUGCAAUGACAUCAUCAAGAGCAAAGACGAUACUGCUGCUUACCUGCCCACCAAGCUGGCUGCAGUGGCAUGCGUUGGAGCAUUUUAUGAAAAAAUGGGCAGAAUGCUGGGCAGUUCUUUUCCAGAAACAGUUAAUAAUCUUUUAAAGUCUCUGAAAAGUGCAGAGUCUCAGGGCCGCAGUGAAAUCCUGAUGAGUUUACAGAAAGUCUUAAAUGGUCUUGGAGGAGCAGCAGCUUCUUGUCACCGUGAUACAUAUAAGAAUGCCCGAUCUCUCCUGACAGACAGAUCGAUGGCUGUACGAUGCGCAGUAGCCAAGUGUCUCCUGGAAUUACAAAAUGAAGCUGUGUUCAUGUGGACGGCUGAGCUGGAGAACGUUGCAACGCUGUGCUUUAAGGCCCUGGAAAAUUCCAACUAUGGCGUGCGAGUUGCAGUGUCAAAGCUUUUGGGGACAGUCAUGGCUACAGCCCUGAUACCAAAGCAAGCAACAGUGAUGCGACAGAAUGUGAGGAGAGCUACACUUGAGGAGGUCUUGGAGCUCAUGGCCACCGGAUUCCUGCGAGGCGGGUCUGGUUUCCUGAAGAGUGGUGGAGAGAUGUUAAAAGUCGGAGGAUCUGUGAAUAGGGAAGUGCGAGUUGGUGUUACCCAGGCCUAUGUCGUCUUUGUUACCACAUUGGGAGGUCAGUGGUUGGAGCGCAACUUUGCUACGUUUUUAUCCCACGUACUCGACUUGGUCUCCCAUCCCCGGGCGACGCAGACCCACGUGGAGGCCGUGUACUCCCGACGCUGCGUGUCCUUCAUCCUGCGAGCGACGGUGGGCAGCUUGCUGGGGGAGAAGGCCCAGAUUGCAGCUGCCAAAGAUAUCUGUCAAGCCAUUGGGAAACAAAUGAAGGCUGUGGAAGCAGUAGUGAAUGAUGCUAACAGCGAAAAUAAAUCGGGAGCUGCCGAUGUAGCUGCAAGCCAGCACGUAAUGGUCUGUGCCCUUCAAGAACUGGGCAGUCUGGUGCAGAGUCUGAAUGCCACUGCCUCUCCUCUCAUCCAGGAGCCCUCCAUAGGUCUCCUGGAGACAGUAACUUCAGUUCUUCUUCACCCCAGCAUGGCUGCUCGGCUGGCGGCCGCGUGGUGCUUGCGGUGUGUAGCUGUGGCGCUGCCUUUUCAGUUGACUCCGUUUUUGGAUAGAUGCGCAGAAAGGCUCAACAAUCUGAAGACAUCCCCUGAAGCUGUCAGUGGCUACAGUUUUGCAAUGGCUGCUUUACUAGGUGGUGUGCAUCAAUGUCCCUUAGGUAUUCCUCAUGCCAAAGGAAAGAUGGUUGUGAGUAUUGCUGAGGAUCUGUUACGAACUGCUGCACAAAAUAGCAGGCUCUCCUUGCAACGGACUCAAGCUGGAUGGCUUUUACUUGGAGCACUUAUGACUUUAGGUCCGUCUGUUGUUCGGUACCAUCUCCCCAAGAUGUUACUGCUGUGGCGAAAUGUGUUUCCACGUUCUCUGAAGGAGCUGGAAGCAGAGAAGGCAAGAGGAGAUUCUUUUACCUGGCAAGUGACGCUGGAAGGCCGUGCUGGAGCUCUGUGUGCUAUGAGAAGUUUUGUUGCCCACUGCCCUGAGCUCCUGACUGAGGAUGUUAUCAGGAAAUUGAUGACACCUAUAGAAUGCGCCAUGACAAUGAUGUCUCAUAUUCCAUCAGUAAUUAAAGCCCAUGGAGCUCAUCUCAAAGCCAGUGCAGCUAUGGUCCGUUUAAGACUUUAUGAUAUUUUGGCUUUGUUACCUCCAAAGACCUAUGAAGGAUCAUUUAAUGCACUUCUUCGAGAGCUGGUGGCCGAGUUUACUUUGACAGACAACUCUGCUAAUACGACCACCUCACUCCUGAGGUCUCUCUGCCAUUAUGAUGAUAGUGUCCUCCUUGGCUCCUGGCUGCAGGAAACAGAUCAUAAGUCAAUUGAAGACCAGCUUCAGCCAAACAGCGCAUCUGGAAGUGGUGCUUUGGAGCACGAUCCAUCUUCUAUUUAUUUGCGUAUCCCUGCUGGUGAAGCUGUACCUGGCCCCCUGCCCUUAGGAGUAUCUGUCAUUGAUGCAUCUGUGGCUCUCUUUGGUGUGGUAUUUCCUCAUGUUUCUUACAAACAUAGAUUACAGAUGCUGGAUCACUUUGCUGAGUGUGUCAAGCAGGCUAAAGGUGUUCGACAGCAAGCUGUGCAGCUUAAUAUCUUUACUGCUGUUCUCAGUGCUUUGAAGGGUUUAGCUGAAAAUAAAAGCACAUUAGGACCAGAGGAAGUUCGCAAAUCUGCUCUGACAUUGGUAAUGGGUGCCCUUGAUAAUCCUAACCCCAUUUUGAGAUGUGCAGCAGGAGAAGCUCUUGGCAGAAUGGCUCAAGUGGUUGGAGAAGCCACUUUCAUUGCCAGAAUGGCUCAGUACAGUUUUGAUAAGUUAAAAUCUGCUCGAGAUGUUGUAUCAAGAACAGGUCAUUCUUUAGCUCUGGGCUGUCUCCAUCGCUAUGUUGGAGGAAUAGGCUCUGGGCAGCAUCUGAAGACCAGUGUCAGUAUUCUCUUGGCUUUGGCACAGGAUGGAACUUCUCCCGAGGUCCAGACUUGGUCUCUCCAUUCACUUGCCUUGAUAGUGGAUUCCAGUGGACCAAUGUACCGCGGAUAUGUGGAGCCAACGCUGUCUUUGGUUCUCACUCUGCUCUUAACUGUCCCACCGUCACACACAGAAGUGCAUCAGUGCUUAGGCCGAUGUCUGGGAGCCAUAAUAACUACAGUUGGGCCAGAGCUGCAAGGUAACGGAGCUACCAUCUCAACAAUCCGUUCUUCCUGCUUGGUGGGAUGUGCAAUCACCCAAGACCACUCGGACUCGCUUGUUCAAGCAGCUGCCAUAUCCUGUCUUCAGCAGCUUCACAUGUUUGCACCGCGGCACGUCAACCUGUCCAGUCUGGUUCCCAGCCUUUGUGUCCACUUGUGCAGCUCCCACUUGCUCCUUCGGCGGGCCGCGGUUGCCUGUUUACGACAGCUUGCUCAGAGGGAAGCAGCAGAAGUAUGUGAAUAUGCCAUGAGCUUAGCAAAAAAUGCUGGAGACAAAGAAAAUAGUAGCAGCAAUAUGAAUCCUUUUGCGCCGGGAGCUGGUUCUCGGCGUGAUAUUCACUCCCGGCAUCAGGGAGUUAAUAUAACGGAGACAGGCCUCGAGGGUGUCCUUUUUGGCAUGUUGGAUCGGGAGACCGAUCGGAAGCUGUGCUCCGAUAUCCACGACACCCUGGGCCAUAUGCUGUCAUCUCUGGCAGUGGAAAACCUUUCUCACUGGCUGAUGCUCUGUAAGGACGUUCUUGCGGCUUCCAGCGACAUGAGCACUGCUGCUCCCUUGGGAGGAGGCAAGGAUGAGGAGUCGGAGAAGAAGGAGGAGAUGGACGAUGACACCAUGUUCACCACCCUGGGCGAAGAGGAUAAGUCCAAGCCCUCCGUAGCACCGCGCUGGGCGACGCGGGUGUUCGCAGCCGACUGCCUGAGUCGGGUUAUUCUGCUGUGUGAGAACGCAAACAAAGCGCACUUCGAUCUCGCAAUGGCCCGUUCAGCCAGGCUUAAAAAUCCAAAAAAUGACUUCUUAGUGCUGCACCUUUCUGACCUGAUUCGAAUGGCGUUCAUGGCUGCGACGGAUCACAGCAACCAGUUACGGAUGGCCGGUCUCCAGGCUCUUGAAGACAUUAUCAAGAAGUUUGCAUCGGUUCCUGAGCCAGAGUUUCCAGGCCAUGUGAUACUGGAGCAGUAUCAGGCUAAUGUUGGGGCUGCUCUGAGGCCAGCUUUUUCCCAAGAUACUCCAUCAGAUAUAACUGCCAAGGCUUGCCAGGUAUGUAGCACAUGGAUAGGAAGUGGGGUUGUGAGUGACCUGAAUGAUCUCCGCCGAGUUCACAACCUUCUUGUCUCUUCCCUGGAUAAAGUGCAAGCAGGAAAGGGAUCUUCUAGUCAGCUUUACCGCGAGAGCGCAACUACUAUGGAAAAACUUGCAGUGUUGAAAGCAUGGGCAGAGGUGUAUGUUGUUGCCAUGAAAAUUAAGAAGGAAGCAGAGACCAAACCCAAGCGUGUUUCAAAGAGCGCAGAUGACGACGACGACGAUUUCGGUGCUGUGGAUGAGCUGCCACCAGACAGCCUGAUCACCCUUGUGCAGCCGGAGCUGCCCGCGCUCAGCCGCCUCUGGCUCGCUGCCCUCAGAGACUACGCUCUGCUCACCCUGCCACCGGAGUUUGCUACUCAGCUGCCGCCAGACGGGGGAGCAUUUUACACUCCUGAGACAAUUGACACAGCCAGACUGCAUUAUCGAAACUCCUGGGCUCCCAUACUACAUGCAGUGGCACUUUGGCUAAAUAGCACAGGAUUUAAUGCUUCUGAGUCUACAGAAGAGGCUGCUGCAGCAAUGCCCAAUUCACAGAAACGUGCUACUUCUAUAAUGCUGAACCAGACACCUGGAACUCCGCCAACCACUAAAACUUUGCCAGAGAUAAACAGAGAUCGAAUGCACUUAAUUUUGGGUGUCAGCAUACAGUUUCUCUGUUCCCCGCGACCUGAAGAGCCUGUUGAACAUGUUACAUCUUGCUUACAAGCACUUCAUACUUUAUUGGAUUCACCUUGUGCUAGGAUCCAUAUUGCCGAGGAUCAGCUCCUUGGUGUUGAGCUCUUGAGUGUGCUUCACCGACUCCUCCUGACGUGGGAUCCUCCUUCAGUCCAGCUCCUAGUUACAGGAGUUGUCCAGCAGAUAGUAAGAGCAGCUCAAGAUUAUUUGCAGGAAAAAAGGAACACUCUAAAUGAAGAUGACACUGAGGAUAAAGAAAAUUGCCUUCCUUUAGGAGAGGGCGGUGAAAGUGGUGGUCUGGUGCCUGGAAAAUCUUUAGUCUUUGCAGCCAUGGAACUGCUCAUGUUUAUCCUAGUACGGCACAUGCCACAUCUAAGUUCUAAAGUGUCAGAUUCUCCAAGUCACCUCUCUGCCAAAUCUCAUCUCUCUGAGGAAAGUGCUCGUCUUGUAGCUGCCACUGUUACUAUACUGUCUGACCUGCCUUCUCUGUGUUCUCCAGCAGGCUGCAUGACGAUCUUACCCACUAUCCUGUUUUUGAUUACAAGAGUACUGAAAGAAACAGCAGUAAAAUCAGCAGAUAAUCAGGUCCCACCUCCAGUCAGUGCAGCCCUUCAAGGGAUAAAAACUAUUGUUACGCUGCCAACGGUCAAGACCGAUGAAACUCAAAAGCAAUGGACAGGUCUGAUCCGCAGCACUCUGGCAUCUAUCUUGGAAUACUCUCAGCCUGAAACCUCUAAACCAGUUCUCGAUGAAGUAAGCAUGCUUACUGCUAUUGCUCUCUUUCUCUGGUCAGCAAGCAGUGAAAUAAUUGGAGUACAGUCUUUACAAAAUGGAUGUAUGAACAGAUUUAAAAAUGCAUUGAAUUCCUGCGAUCCUUGGGUUCAAGCCAAGUGUUAUCAGCUUCUGCUUUCUGUAUUCCAACAUACCAAUCGUGCCCUGUCAACUCCAUACAUCCACUCUCUGGCACCUAUAAUGGUUGAGAAACUGAAAGCUGUUGAAAGGAACCGGCCAAACAACAACACGGAGCUGUUGGCAGUGCAGGAAGGAAUCAAAGUUCUUGAAACACUGGUUGCCCUUGGCGAGGAGCAGAACAGAGUCCAGUUGCUUGCCCUUCUGGUUCCCACUCUGAUCUCCUAUUUACUGAAUGAAAAUGCCUUUGCUUCUGCAUCGCCGGCAUCUAAGGAUCUUCAUGAGUUUGCACUUCAGAAUCUAAUGCACAUUGGGCCACUUUACCCACAUGCUUUCAAGACAGUAAUGGGAGCUGCUCCUGAAUUGAAAACACGUCUAGAAACUGCAGUCCGAGCAAGCCAGGCCAGCAAAGCAAAAGCAGCUGCUAGGCAACCGCCACCCACAGUACAUUCCACCCCAACAAUUAAACUCAAAACUAGCUUUUUUUGAAUUACUUUUAUUAUUUUUGGACCAUUAAAGAGUCAGAAGCAUUAUAUUAUUCCUGAUGUGUUACUGCAUAUGUCUGUAAUUUUGUGUAAUUUGUAUGUGAAAAGUUGUCUAAUGGAGCUUGUGUAAAUCUGUGCAUUACAAGGGAAGUGGUGUUGCUAGUAUUUGUAUAGAUUUUUAAGAACUUGAAUGUGAUCAUAUUUAUGAAUUUGUGUUACAAGUAUGAACCAAAAAAAGUAUUCUCUAUCUUACUAAAUUGUUUUAUUUAUUUUUAAAAGUUACUCUCAGUCUUUCUGAAUGGUUUUUGAAAUCUAGCAAAUGUUACCCUACCA